UGCCAAGUUGAGUGGGAAAAUUUGAGCCGGUUUAUCUAUACCACUUCAAUGCACUACAGACCCAUAAGUCUCUCUUCGUUUCUAUAUCUCUCUCGUGUUAUCAUAUUGGGCGUACAUAAACCUAUCCUUAUGCUACAACUAAAUCUCAAGGCAGAUGGCUCUGCAGUCGCAAAAUUUCUGUCAACUUGUAACACAUUUGAAAAUUGAAAGAAUACAACUGCCGGACGCCAUCCGCCAUUACAGAUACCCCUACUUCUAACGGUGUUCUGACGUAUAUGUGUGACGCACGCACAGGUGUGACGCGCUGCAGCACAUGAGCAAUAACGGUUAUAAAUUUGCGCGAAUUUGAAUUUGAAUAAUUUAAGUGUGUGAGUGCGAAUACGUGGCGAAUACCAAAAAGUAAAUAUCUACCGAAAAUUAUUUGAAGGAACGCCAUGACGAGAAGGUAAAAAAUUUUAGCUUUUUAUUGCAAAUUUAAAUAAAACAAAUAAUGUAUUAUUGUUGUAGAUAUUGUAUUAUUUGUGGUAACAACACAGAAAAUGCGAAGGCACUGCAUUGUUUUCCUCGAUCGCUUGCUAGAUUACGUGAAUGGGGAGAAGCACUGAAAAUUGAGAAUGUAGAAAAAAAAGUGAAAGCACACUGGAGAAUUUGCAGUGAACACUUUUCCGCAAAUUCUUACGCUAACAAUUGGUCAGCAACUUUAAAUCGCAAUGCAGUACCUUCGCAAUACAUCCAAACUUCCAAGACUGAGAUCAUUGAAGAGAAUGCGCUGCAGCCACCAACUGUGACACCCCCAGGUCUUCCGGUCGAACCGUUAAUGGUUACAAAUGAAGACAUACAUUUUUCAACACCAAUUAAAGUUCCCUCCACUCAUCCUGUUCCAUCGACAUCAAAAGGAAGUGCUUCUCUGAUGUAUGAUACUUCUAUGCUCUCUUCUUUGCAUGAAACGCCUACUUCUUCUUGUGCUUCUAUUAAUUUUCGUCAAAAUGCGACUAUUUUUUCUACUAACGAGUCCAAAGCACCAUCGAUUAGUAGAUCUUUGUUUAAGAAAUGUGAUCUCAAUUUCUCGUGUACUCCACGCGAAAAGAAAUUGAGAUCUAUACUUAAACAAAGAGAAAAGCAGCUUCAGGCAGUUAAAAAAUUAUGCAAACAACGUGGAAAAGAAUUGCGACAAGUACAUCAAAUUAAAAAUUUGGAUAAAAAUCCAUUAGUAAAUAAUCUGUUUGAAGGUUUAUCUCCCGUUGUUGCUAAUUUUUUAGUUGCCCAAGUUCGCUGGUCUAAACAACCAACUCGUGCUCGUCGAUGGUCUUUGGAGGACAAACUCUUCGCUCUUCUUUUGUUCAAACGUAGCCCUAGUUGUUAUGCUCUUAUGCGCCGCUUUCUUGCUUUACCUAGUCGCAGUACCCUAACUGCCCUUCUUUCACAUUUUCCAUUAAAGCCGGGGAUUAAUCUUAAUUUAUUCCAACACCUGCAAUCAGUUCUCGCAGGCCGUCCCCCAAAAGAUUCGUUCUGUACUCUAAUGUUCGACGAAAUGAGUAUUCUCGAACAUUUAGAGUACAAUCGAACUGGCGACUGUUUUGUGGGACUGGAGAACUUAGGACACCAUGGCAGCUCUGCAAAAAUUGCAAAUCAUGCCCUGGUGUUCAUGGUUCAAGGUGUUGGAGGUAAAUGGAAACAACCUCUGGCUUUUUAUUUUUCACAUGGUCCUGUUUCUUCGGAUAAAUUGCAACUCAUACUGUUAGACGUUCUUGACACUUGCAGUAACCAUGGUUUGAAUGUGGUAACCUGCAUUUCAUACAUGGGUACUAAUAACGUCAAGACGUUUAAAAGUAUGGGUGCAACGGAAUCCCAACCUUUUUUCGUGCAUAAAGGGAAACGCAUCUUUUGCAUGUUCGAUCCUCCCCACCUUAUUAAGUGCCUCCGCAACAAUUUCCUCAAACACCCCAUCCAAGUCCCAGUUUUAAUUGGUGAGGAAAAUGUAUCCUUCACGGCACGGUGGGAUCACUUGUUGGAGGCUAAGGCCAUUGAUGAUAGGAGCCCUGUGGACUACCGCACUUUGAAGAAGCUGACAGAUGCCCAUUUUCACCCCUCUGUGCAACAAACCAUGAAGGUGAAGUUGGCAGCUCAGAUUUUUAGCCAUUCUUUUGCUGCCUAUAUUCACAGCUUAAUUUCAACGAACAGUGUGUCCAAUGAUAGACUUGGCACAGCGCAGCUGUUGAAAGAUGGCAACAAGUUGUUUGACAGCCUAAAUGGGUUUGCACAGGGGGCAGAAAAUGGUAAGGAGGUACACUGUGUUGUCACUUGGGAAUCAAAGCACUGGUCUUUCUGGGAGGAGAUGCUGGAAAUGAUUCCCAAGUGGCAAUUCCUUCGUGACAACAAUACUGUUUGUUCGCCACCCAGUCAAACAGGGUGGCAACUGACAGUAAAGUCAUUCACGAUGAUUUGUACCGAGCUUCUUCAAAGUGGGGAGUUCACAAGUGUGCGCCCUCGGUCGUUUAAUCAGGAUCCACUCGAGAAUUUGUUUGGGGCCAUUCGUUCUUCGUGCGGAGCCAAUGAUACUCCUACAGCAGCACAAUUCAUAAGCGCUCUAAAGACGCAAGUUGUCUGUGGCCUCUCUAAGGGUCACCUGAAGGGAGGCAACUGCGAGGCAGACAACGCGAAACUUUUGAGCGACUUCCGUCAUUUGUUUGAGGGAUUGAAUCAGCAACUUGACCAACCGAGAAUGGCUGAAAGAUGCAGUGUAAUCGUUAACAUUAGUAGUGUGAUAGAUGUACCAACACUUGCAGAUGAAAUAGAAUUAGCUGUUUUGUCUGGAAGUCCUGGCAUUUUUUCCACAGCUUAUGUUAGCGGCUACAUUGCUAAGAAGCUCUUAGAAAAGUCAAGUUGCGAUAUUUGCAAGAGCGUGUUAAUUACUGAGCCUUCAGCACAAGACAACUUCAAUAUUUAUAUUUCAAACAAAGAAUUUAGUACCGAUAAACACAGGCUAAUUUAUCCAUCCGAGAAAUUAGUCAAAAACGUGGGCAUUAUAACGAACGUAAUGGAAGCAAUCGUUCCCCAGUUAAUGAAUGAUGCACGGGAUGUUCAGCAUAGAAUUGCAACUUCAAUUUUCUCUAGUUCAAAUACAGAAAAUCUUUUUGAAUGGAUUUCCUGUGAUCCUCAUAGGAUAUCAAUCGCACAAUGUAUUGUUGCUGCUGUGGGCCGAGUAUAUCUUCGAUGGUAUGCCACUGGCUUUAAUCGUAAGCGAAAGUCCCAAAGAAAAGCUCGAACUGUUCGCAAAAAAUUGAAAAAAUUGGGACAUCCGUCAUAACGGUUUGUAGAUAUUCCAUGUGAGGGAUGUCCUUUUUUUUUAAUUUUUUAUAGUUACAAAAAUUAGAUUAUUCGUUCUUUGUAAUAAUUAAGUAUUAUGUAAGACAAAAGCCCAGCUUAUAAAAACACAAUGAACAAAUGUUUAAUUAGCUAUUAAAAUAAUUUCAUUUUAAUUAUAUUGUUAAACUAUUUUCAAAUUACAUUAUUUUAUAAACUGGUCCUUUGAACAGGUGAAAUUUUGUAAUUUCAUUUAUUAAAAUGAGUAUGCAUUGGAUGCCAUAAAUAACGUUUUAAUAAUUAAUUGUUUUCAGUUGUAUCAACAAUAUUUGUUCAAUUUUUGGCCAACAGUUUCAGAUUUUUUUUGGGACUGUUGCUUACGAUUGAACCUAGUCGCAUACCAUCGAAGAUAUACUCUGCCAGUCUAUCAACAGCAGCAACAUUGCAUUCUACUAUUGAUAUCUUAUGGGGAUCACAGGAAAUCCAUUCAAAAAGAUUUUCUGUAUUUGAGCUGGAGAAAAUUGAAGUUGCAAUUCUAUGCUGAACAUCUCCUGCAUCAUUCAUUAACUUGGAAACGACUGCUUCCAUUACGUUCGUUAUAAUGCUCACGUUUUUGACCCAUUUCUCUGACAAAUAAAUAAGCCUGGCUCAGUAGUUAACACGCUCUUGCAAGAUAAGAUAUCAAUUGAAGAAUGUAUUGUCGUGGCUGUAGGCAGAAUAUAUCUUCGGUGGUAGCCACUGGAUUGAAUCGUAAGCGAAAAUCCCAAAGAAAGGCUCCAACUAUUUUCAAAAAAUUGAACAAAGUUAUCUUCUUGUUGAUUUCUAGUUUCUGUUUUAUUAUUAAAUAAAAAUUAUUGUGAUA